AAGGUUCGUUUUCAGUUUGAGUGGGAUUAAUUUGAUUUUAGGGUGCUUUACUCACUGGAACUUUGAAGUUCUACGUUAAAACCAUCUUCAAUCUGGAGAUGAUGAUUGUAAAGUGAACCAAGUUGCAGAUAUAUUAUUUGGAUUGGAAAAUUAUGCCAUUGAUAUGUGAUUUAGGUGUUGGGUUAAUCUUUAGAAAAGCAGGAAUCAAGUUCUUGUGUAAUAGAAACGAAUCAAAGUAUUGAUUGCUACAGUGAUUGACAAAGAAAUUGUUGUUUCAUUUAGAAUAGGGAGCCGGACUAGUUUAACAACUGGGAAGAUGUGCUUGUUCAUCUUAAUGUGGAAUUUUUCUUUACUUCUAUAAGCUUUGAUAUAUUAUAUGUUUAUGUUUUGUUUAGAUUAGUGAUAUUAUUAUUCAGAUUUAUUUACUAUAUAUAGUAUUGUCUUAUCAUAUUGCAAACGUUAUGAAACUAGACAUCUUGGAUCCGUUUCUUUUGUUGGAGAUUUUGUUUGAAACCAAAUAUGGAGCCUAAACUAUGAUUUUCACUUCUGUGGGAUCAUCUACUGUUUCACUAUCCCGUCACUCAGUCCUUCUAGAAAAACUUGUUUAGGGAGCCAAUUUUGAACUGAGAUUCUCAAAGAUCAUGUAUUGCCUUAGAUGUGAGAGAGACAAAGGAUCUUUGAGGAAGCUGCUUGUGAGGAGGUGAUUUAGCCAUCAGAUAGGCCCAUAGGGUUUCAUCUGGGUAUCAGUCUCUUCAGAGUUUAGAGAUUACUCUUUUCAGGCCAUUAAGUGAAUGCAGCUGCUACUUGGUGCUUGGUUUGUUUCUGUUUUAGUGUUCGGGAGUUUGAUGCAGGACAGAGCAAGGGUGGUUGCGUAUUGUUGCGGUGAGCUUACAAUGAUAGAAAUAUGAAGAACUAGAAAAGGUUGUAAAGUCUGAAAAUUAGGGGAGAUUUUGUUGUUCGACUUUCAGCAGAACUCACCUUAUUAGCCAAAGCAUGCCAAAAUGGCAACUUCAGAGGAUUCAGUGGUUAGUUCCAAGCUCUCUCCGCCAGACACAUAUGGAGCCGUGGUUCUAGGUGGUACCUUUGACCGACUACACGAAGGCCAUCAUCUCUUUCUCAAGGCUGCAGCGGAUCUCACUAGACAUAGAAUUGUGAUUGGAAUUUGUGAUGGACCCAUGUUGACUGACAAACAAUUCGCAGAUUUGAUACAACCCGUUGAGGAAAGGAAGCAUAAUGUUGUAAAUUACAUCAGGUCUAUCAAGCAGGGGCUGCUAGUGCAAGUUGAACCUAUUAUUGACCCAUAUGGCCCCUCAACAAUAGAUGAAAAUUUGGAGGCAAUCGUUGUCAGCAAAGAGACUUUACCUGGUGGACUGGCUGUUAAUAAGAAGAGAGGUGAUAGAGGCCUCUCAAAACUUAAGAUUGAAGUAGUAGAUUUAGUGCCUGAAGCAUCUGGUGGAGAUAAGAUUAGUUCAACAAGAUUAAGGAAGCUCGAGGCAGAGAUGGUAACAUGGGAAACAAGCCUGCAAAACAAGAAAGGGAAGAAAUCUUCUUGAAAGUUGUUCCUCCACUGGAUCGUGCAUAUGUUAGGUGGCUUGCUCGAGAUCUUGAGAGGAUUCACGGCUUCACACCAGCAAAC